UGCCGCGUCGGUUGUGCCAACUUGCUCGAGCGGAGCUCACUGGCUAACGGUUCUUGCCGACGGCACAUAACGCGCAAACAAACUAUUAAUUUCACGAGCCCGGCUUAGCAACGCCCCAACGAAAAGAUCAACACACCGAACACUGAGCCGAGCCAUGGAGAUUUUAGGCAAAAUGCGUGCAAUUACUCAACGCCUGACAACCAACUGAUUGCCCCUCAGAGAGCGAGAGUGAACACAACCUGCGGCAACUAGUCGCAAAAAAAAUAAUAAAUAAAAAUAAAAACACAACUCAAAAAUAUAUAUAUCAAUCGGGCGAGCCGGUUAACGCCUGCAAGUGCAUCGGAAAAUACGAAUCGAAAACAACAUCUAACAGCAAAAACUUGACCGAUUUUCCAAGUGCUUCGGCGACGGCAAGCGGCUGCUGUUUGCUAAUCUCGCCCAGAAACUCCGAUCCGAUCUCAAUCGCCAUCGAGAUCGCGAUGAUUUAUGCAGUUUAUUUGGAGCACCCGACAGCACUCGCAAAUAAUUGACAUUGGAGUGUGUUUGCUCUGCACACAUUUGAUAUGUAAACCGCGGGUCGUGUAAACAGGAGUGUAAACACAUCUAUAUUGGGCCGAACGACGCGACAGUUACCGCCACACAUCGACACCCAGUGACCCCCCACCGGAACGGAGCUGUCCUGGAUGGAAGCCACCUGCGGGUGCCGGGGCCCACGAGACGCUCAGGGAUUAACUGGAGCGGAGGCAACGGCAUCGGUAUCGGUAUCGCAAUCCCUAUUGGCACGAGCAUCAGCGUCAUCGGCACAGGACACCACCGAUUGCCAGGCACAACCGCAGUGUCAACAUCAGCAGCCACAUCAACAACAUGGCCAUAAAGCAACAGCGUCCAGCAGCAUGUAAUUCAUGGUUACAACUACCCAAUAAACAGCUUAUAUUGGCGGUGAACACGGAUACACACCCAUCUCAAAAGUACCGCCAUGAAUGAGACAGAGUGCGAGGAUCUCAUCAAAUCUGUGAAAUGGACGGAACCAGCCAAUCUGAUCUCCCUGGCCAUACUCGAGUUUAUCAACGUUCUGGUCAUCGGCGGCAAUUGCCUCGUGAUUGCCGCCGUCUUCUGUUCCAACAAGCUGCGUAGUGUGACGAACUUCUUCAUCGUCAACCUGGCCGUGGCGGACCUGCUGGUGGGUCUGGCGGUGCUACCCUUCUCGGCCACCUGGGAGGUCUUUAAGGUGUGGAUAUUCGGCGAUGUCUGGUGUCGCAUCUGGCUGGCCGUCGACGUCUGGAUGUGCACGGCAUCGAUCCUGAAUCUGUGUGCCAUAUCCCUGGAUCGCUAUGUGGCGGUCACACGACCCGUUACCUACCCAAGCAUCAUGUCCACGAAGAAGGCCAAGUCCUUAAUCGCUGGCAUUUGGGUGCUCUCAUUUGUUAUUUGCUUUCCGCCGCUAGUCGGCUGGAAGGAUCAAAAGGCCGUCAUUCAGCCGACCUAUUCGAGGGGAAACUCUACGCUUUUCUACGCCACCACGAUGUCAAGCUCGGAGGAUGGCCAACUAGGGUUAGAUAGCAUUAAGGAAACGCAUCCGUCACCUGCGUCAUCGUCGUCGUCGUCGCCGCCGCCUCCGCAUUUGGGCAGCGGCCACGCCUACAAUCCGUAUGAUCCCGAUUUCGCCCCCAUCGAUGGAUCUGCGGAGAUUCGCAUCGCGGCCAUGGGCUCCACGAGCACAACCCCGGCGGGUGGUUCAAGCAGCACAGAAACGACAACGUCCACGGAGAUGGACUACGAUCUGCUAAGCUCACCGCCGCAGAACAGGCUCCAGACAGUGUCCGGCAGCUGUCCGUGGAAGUGCGAGCUAACCAACGACCGGGGCUACGUGCUGUACUCUGCCCUGGGAUCCUUCUACAUACCGAUGUUCGUGAUGCUCUUCUUCUACUGGCGCAUCUACCGGGCCGCUGUCCGCACCACGCGUGCCAUCAACCAGGGCUUCAAGACCACCAAGGGCAGCCCCCGCGAGUCGGGCAACAACCGGGUGGACGAAUCCCAGCUCAUCCUGCGCAUCCAUCGAGGACGACCCUGCUCCACGCCCCAGCGCACUCCCCUCUCCGUGCACUCCAUGUCCUCGACCCUCAGCGUUAAUAGCAACGGGGGCGGCGGCGGCGGCGGUGGAGCAGGAGGUGGUUCAGCCGAGGAUCACCUCCAGGGUGGCACUCCAAAGCGUGCCACUUCGAUGCGGGUUUGCCGCCAGCGACACGAAAAGGUGGCCAUUAAGGUGUCCUUCCCCUCCUCCGAAAACGUCCUGGACGCGGCCCAGCAGCAGCCACCACCCUCGCCCCAUUACGCAGUCAUCAGCAGCGCCAACGGAAGGCGGGCCUCCUUCAAGACGAGCCUCUUCGACAUUGGUGAGACCACCUUCAACCUGGACUCGGCUCCCGCCGGUGACCUGGAGAGCGGUCACUCCAGCAGCUCGUUGGCGGCCAAGAAGCGGGCCGGGAAGCGCAGUGCCAAGAUCCAGGUGAAGCGCUUCCGGAUGGAGACAAAGGCGGCCAAGACGCUGGCCAUUAUCGUCGGUGGGUUCAUCGUGUGCUGGUUGCCCUUCUUUACGAUGUAUCUGAUCCGGGCCUUCUGCGAGAACUGCAUCCAGCCGACGGUAUUCUCGGUGCUGUUCUGGCUGGGCUACUGCAACUCGGCCAUCAAUCCGGUGAUCUACGCACUCUUCUCGCACGAGUUCCGCAUCGCCUUCAAGCGGAUCGUGUGCCGGUGCGUGUGCACCAGGAGUGGCUUCCGCGCCUCGGAGAACUUCCAGAUGAUUGCAGCGCGGGCCCUGAUGGCGCCGGCCACGUUCCACAAGACGAUCUCCGGGUGUUCGGACGACGGUGAUGGUGUCGACUUUAGCUGACUAAUCGGAAGCUACGAACCGAGUCCCUUGCAGCGGACCGCCUCGCUGCCCCAGGAGGGCACAGGAUCCGGUUCCGUGUCGGUGUCCGUUUCCGGAUCGGGACGCCGGAUCCGUCGCGGCGGCUUCUGCAAGGGACGCGUUCUCUAGGGGGCGUUGAAGAUGCAUUUCUCUCUUUUGAUACUUUUGUAAUCACCGCCAGAAGCAGGCGCCCGCGCAGGCGCACCCGCAUCGCACUUUUCAAAAACUGUCAGUAUUCGCAUUGAACGACGUGUAACUGUAUGGCAAUAAUUUUCAUGUAUUUACCUUAGCGCUAAGGCCAUGUAAAACUUAACUUAUACUUAAACUACACCUAUACUUAACCCAUGAGAUACAGAUACGCCACCAUGAGAUACGCCUGUUAGACAUAAGCAGCCCGUUGUUUUCAGUUCCGUUGUGUAAAUGUGUGUUAGGCGCUGGGGCAAAGUCACACGCGUUGUUAGUUAAUCCCCAGGUAUAUGUAUUAUAUAUAUUAAUGAAUGUAUAUGUAUGUGUGUAUAGCAGCUGUGUAAGUCGGCCGCAUUUUCAAUAAAAGUUAAAAACCAAA